AGGCAGGCAAGCUCCAGACUGAAGCAGGCAGGACCCAGCGCGCUCUCACCUGGAGACAGUGGACAUGGAGAGGAGGGAGAGAGGGCAGCCAAGGGGCAGACGACAUCGCGGCCCUGGAGACUGGGAAGUGGGAGCCUCAAACAUUCCCAGGAGGAAGGGUAAGACUGGGCAGAGAAGGCCACAUACAGUCAAGGAGCUGCUUCAGUACCAUCGGGAUAGGGAGCAGACUGUUCAGGAACCUCCGAUCCUGAAGCGGUUGGCCGAUCUGGACGAGUUGGAUAUGGUCAACGACGUGAUCGCCAAAGACCUCAUCUCGGACCGCUUCCCGACGUCGGCUCUUUCCCAGGAACCGGGAGCGCGCUUCGGGUUCCCAGUGUGGGACGCACCACCGGCGACAGCUCCGGACCUGUCAAGCGCACGCAUCCAUCCGGCCUCCAGAACCCAGGUGUGGGAUUCCAAGUCCGGGCCCCCGGCGGAGCCUCAGGUCUUCCUCCCUCUCUCCGCGCAGGGCACGCAGUACUCGGCGGAGCAGCUACCCCCCAGCCUCCUCACCCUCGGGAGAUCCCCCUGGCAGGACAGCCCCCCGAGCUCCGGCGCGGACGCUGCCGAUCCCUCCGGUCCGCCGGGAGGGUGGGGCUCGGACGGAGGAGGGGACCCGUCGGUCCGGGAGCAGCUCGCCGCCGUGGAGGGCAGCGUGGGGGGGCUGAGCCCGCGCCAGCUGUUAAUGCUCGACUCCAACCAACGCACACUUCUCCAUCAAGCUGUGGCCCUCAGCAGCCGGCCCCUCGUGUACGUGCUGGCAAGACGAAUGUCAGAGAUGGGAUCCCUCGAUGCUCAAGAUAUCAGCGGGAAGACCGCCCUGCACUACGCCGUGGAACGCAACAAACCCCUCAUCGUCCUCGACCUGCUCAGCCUCGGAGCCAACGUCUGUGUUCAGGAUCACUUCGGCAAGACCCCCUUGCACAUCUGCGUGGAGGACUGUCUCAUAUCUGUGCUGCAGGUGAUUACGUUCAUGGGACAGGACGGAGCAGUAAUGGCGCAGAAUACAAUGGACAAUAAUGGACUCACUCCCAUGCAUUAUGCGGUGGAAAUCCUGGCCUAUCCCGACCUGAUCCCUGAGGUGUGUUUCUGGAAGCAGCAGGCCUGCAACAUCAUCAGCAGCCUGAUCAUGUUGGGGGCAUCGGACCAUCUGCAGGAAGCGGUGAGGGAGCCGGGAGGGGAAGGAAGCCUGGGUGCCGGUCCCUGUCUGAGCCCCGCCGUCAGGCGCACAGAAAGUUGCCAGACACCUGAGGGAAUUACACUGCAGUGAACGGUGCCAGGUCAACCCCGACACGUGCCGGUGUGACGUCGCCUAUGGAAAACCCUGAUUUCAG